AUGCUACUAAGAAUACUUACAACAAUACAAGUCUUGCUAAUGCAAAAUUUUGUUAAAGGUUAAAAUCUUUUAUCUAUUUUUAGCUAUGUUAGAUGCCUCAAAAGAUUCUACUAAUGAUGCUGUCGUAAUUUUAGCAGUUUCUACUAUUUUAGGAAAGGAAAACUCUAUUCCUAUAGGAUCUUUAAUGGGAGGUACAACAUUAUAUAUGAAAGUAAAAAUAUCAAAUAAUAUUUUAGGUUCUAGGAUUAGAUUAAACUGCUAGUAAUAAUGCAGUAUAUGUUGGGAAAUACCCUUGUAUAAUAUCAGACAAAGGCGUUAAUGGGCUAUUUUUAAAUUGUAAAACAACAAAAUCUAAUCCAAAUGACCAUAACUUAUUAAACUUAAAAAUUAUGGUCAAGGUCUUAGAUAAACCAGACUCUAUUUGUACAUUCAGUUACACAUACUGCCAUUUUUCUUAUACUCCAUAAAAUACACCAAAAUUAUUUUAUGUGACUCCAAGAUCUAAUUACCCUAGGAUGUUUAGUUAUUGGAGGGCUAAAUGGGUUAUAUCUAGUAAUGCAGUAGAGUACUUAGAAGGAUAAUUUAUGGGUUCAAAUAGAUGUGACAGAUUCUCCAUUUAAGAUCUGUAUCCAAAGUAAAUAAAUUACUAGGAUGAUAAAGUAGUAUGUUAGGUUUCAGCUGAGAUUCAAGCAGGUUACUAUGAUUAUACAAUAAAAUCAUAGAAUGGAUAUUAGAUUAAUUCUAUAGGGUUAAAAUAGAAAAAAGUAUAUUCUGACAGGAUGUAUAAUUCAAAGUAUUUAUAUAAAAUAUUAAAGAGUUGUUCCCAUAAUAACAGGACUUAAUACUAAUUUCGCAUCACCUGAAGGACAAAUUCUAGAGAUUUUUGGAUUUGGAUUCAGUCCCUUAGCUCAUUAACAUAGAGUUAAGAUUUCAGGUUAAUCUGAAAGUAUAGAAGUUUUAUCUUCUACUCCAACAAGUAUAAAAGUUAAGAUACCUAAAAUAUAAAAUUAAUUAGAAAACUCUAUAUAUAUUUAAGGAAGUGGAUUACAUUAUACAAGAUGGAAUAUAUCAGGUUUAAAUUUUAAUUGUGGAUCCUUUAGAUAAUAGAUUAUUACUAAUAUGGCUUAAUUAGAUGGAAGAAUUAAAUUUGAUGGGAUAUAUCCUGAACCUGAUGUUCAAAGUACAUUUGGAGAAUAAUAUGGAUAAUAUUUUCGAGGUUUCUUAAAAGCCCCUUUUACAGGUGUUUAUAGAUUCUAUAUAUCAUCAGAUAAUUGUGCAUAAUUUUAUAUCUAAAAAACAGAAAUAUUUAAACCAAUUAGGCCUGAUAAUCCAAUAGCAGCUAGUAAUUGGAAUCCUUAUAGAAAUUAUUGGUUUGAAUCUUUAAGCUAUACUUCUGCCAUUAAAUCAAUAUCAUAACCUAUUACUUUAGAAGCAGAUAACUUUUAUUACAUUGAAGUUUAUCAUAUUAAUGAAAUAUCAGAAGGUCAUUUGACAUUAUCGAUGGAAAUAGAAAGUGAGACUAGAAAAUCUAAUUCAUUAAAUAGUAUUUAUUAAAUAUAAACUACUUAUACACCAAUUAAAGAAGUGAUAGAAUUCACUCUUUAUAAUUAAAAUGAAAAUACUUUAUUAAAAGGUAAUUACAGACUUAGAUUCACUUAUGGAAUCUAGAAAACUCCACAAAUAGAUACUUUUUAUAUCUAUACUAGUAGUGAAUUAACUGCUAGUUCAAGUGCUAAUGCAAUGAAAAAUGCAAUAUAAAGUAGUGGUGCACCUUAUUAUAUUACAGUAAUAAGCACAAAAUUGGAUAAUAAUGGAAAUACAUUAGAUGAUACUGUAAUAUCUUUUGCUGGAUAUAAAUAUACAAUAACUUUUGAUUCUCAUAGAGGAUCUUAAAUAUAUAGAGCACUUCCAAAGAUUGUUUAAUCAACACUUAAUGGAGGUAUUAUUGGUUCAACAGUUGAAUGUAUUUAAGAACCAGCUGAUCCAAUUAGUGGAUCAUUUCAAUUAUCAAUGAUAAUUAAUGGAUAAGAAACUUUAUUUUAAGUAACAGAUAAUGACUAUGAUUUGAAAUUUGAUGUAUCAACAACAAUAAUAUCAAAUAAUAUUGAAAAAUUGACAGGUUAAUCACCUUUUGUUUGGACAGUUGGAUAACCAUAAGAUGGAUAGAAAUGGUUUAUUGUAUUUAGAACUUAUUUUGAAGGUCUUGAUGAUUUUAGAGUAUCAAAUAAUUUAUUAGUAUCCGGUAAUGGAGAUGUAUCUAUAUCAUUAACCAAAGUAUAGCCAGAUAGUAAUAAUAUAUUAUUUGAACCUAUUCCUAAUGAAUUAUUAUUUACUUAUAGUUAAAAUCCUUAAAUAUAAGUUGAAGUUCAAUAUUAAUUGGUAGAUGAAAGUAAUGGUAAUAUAAUUGAAAAUGAAUUCAUUUUAGCUGGAUGUUAAAAGUAAUCAAUUUGUGAUUUAACCUUGAGUGAUCAAAAAACACCAACUUUAAAAUCAUAUUCAAUAAGUGGAUCUCUCUUAUCCUUAUCAUUAUAAGAAGGAGUUGAUUUAACAAUAACAACAAUAAAUAUAGAUAUUGAAUAUGCAGGAGCAGAUUGUACUAAUAUUUAAAUAAUUAAUUAUGCAUCUCCAUACACUAUAACUUGUAAUUUAGAAUAAUUAAAUGGAUUAAAUAUUAAAGAAGCAGGAGAAAAGUAAAUACCAAUUAUUCACCAUAAAGAUAUUGGUUUUUCUAAAAUAGAUUAAAGUAUAAUAGGUGAAAAUGUUGAUCUUUACAUAUCUUCAAUUUAACCUAAUUUUGCCUCUUCAGAUGGAGGUACAACAAUCACAAUUAAUGGUAAGGGCUUCCCUAAAAAUUUAAAUAGAGAUUUUAUAUUUUAAAUUGAUAAUUAAAAUAUUAAACCAUUAUCAAUUUCAAAUACUUAAUUAAUAUUUAUAGCUCCAAAAUAAAUAAGUGGAGGAAUUGGAUCCAUAUAACUUUAAUUUAAUUCAAAAAUAGCUAAAGGUUUAUUUACUUAUGAUGAAUCAUUAAGAAUUCAAGUAACAAGUUUAUAAUUUUAUUAAAAAUCACCAGUAUUUAAAGGUGAAAUGACAAUUACAGGAGUCAAUUUUGGUAAUAUCAUAGAAGAUAUUAAAGUUACAUUAAUUGGAAAUAAAUCUUAUAAUGCAAAAGUAUUAUCAAUUACUGAUACAUAAAUUAAAGUCUAUUUAAGAGGAGGAAUGCCUGGUAAAUAUAGAAUUAUUGUUACAAGAAAUAAUUAUGGUGAUUCAUAUGCAAAUAAUGAUGAUAAUUUAUUUUAAUAUAUAAUCCCAAUAAAUAGUGUAACUUUAGAAGAUGGAAUUAGUUAAGCAAAAGGUUCUGAAGCAGGAGGUACAAUUAUUAAAAUUACUGGAUCAAAUUUUGUAUAAGGAUAAACUCUUGUAUUUAUUGGAAGAGCUGUUAAUUGGAUAUGUGAAAUAGAUGAAACUAGAUUUACAAGUGAAAUAAUCUAUUGCAGAGUUCCAGCUAAAAAUGAAUUUUAUACUUAAGAACCAUAAUUAGUAAUAGUUACAUUAUAAAUAACACUUGAAUCAACUUGUUUAGAUAAUACUAAUAAUUGUUAAUUUACAUAUGAUAAUCAAUUAACUCCUAAACUUGAUUCAUAUCCUGAAUCAGUUACUUAAUAUACAGGAUCUAGAAUAUUAACAGAAGAAGAUCAUUCAAAACCUGAUUAUUAAAAGUUAAUAUAAAGGAAAAGAUUCUUAUGGACAGAUGAAUCAAAAGAAAAAGGUAAUAAUCACAUUUUACAUGUUGGUAAAUCUUCAAGGAGAGAUAUGCUCACAUCAACAGAAUUAGUUUUGAAUUAAUAAAAAACUUAUAAACCUGGUGAUAUAGAAACAUUAUCAGGAAUAGGAUUAACAUCUACUGUCUCAGUUGUAUUUAAAGGUCCUAUAACAUAAACAGUUACAACUAAUUUAAUUGAUAAUACUUUUACUUAUACAAUUCCAAAUCUACCUUAAGGAUAUUAUACUACUUACAUAUUAACAUAAAAUGGCUAUGCUGAUAAAAUAUGGAUUAGUAUAAUAGAAUUAAGUAUUACAACAAUUGACAAUGCUGCUAUAGGAGGAUAAAUAUUAACAAUAAAUGGUAUAGGUUUUAAUGCUAAUCAACAUCCAAAUGUAAAGAUUGGAUCAACAAUAUGUACUGAAUUAUAAGUAAUAUCCAGUGUAUAAAUUAAAUGUAGAAUGACAAGAUAAUCAGGAACUUCAGCAAUUGUAACUUUAACUUAAUUACCUUCUGAAAACAAUUCAGCUACUCCUUAUACUGUUGAAUUUACUUUAACUAUUAAAUCUUAAUAAAAUUCUCCUGUUAUCACAUCUAUAAAUGGUGUUGUUUACAAUAAUAAUAAAAAAGCUAAUGUAGUUUAGACUGGUAAUCUAGUACUUGUAUUUAGCGGAAGUAUGUUAAGGGGUAGUAGUGUUUUAGUAAUAUUGGAAUACAUGAGUAAUAAAAUUAGCGGAGUAGUAUCAGAACUAUCAGAUACAGCAGUAACUUCUACAUUUACAGAUAUACCAGCAGGAGUUUAUUCAAUUAAUAUUAUAAUCGAUAAUAAUUAUGGGUAUUUUAUUGAUUUAACGUAAUAAACACUCAUAGUAAAUACAGAUAUUCCUGUUUCAAAUAAUCCAACUAUUUCUUAUGUAGGUGGAGCUAUAAUUACAUUUACUGGUAAAGGAUUUGAUUAAAAUACUCAUUUCACUUCUGUAUCAUUAUGUGGAUUCAAUUGUCCAAUUACUUAAGCAUCAUAUACUACUCUUUCAUGUGAAACUCCUAAAUUAUUAACAAAAUCAGUUUUUAAUCAAUACUCACGACUCCAAGAACCUCCUAGAUACAUAAAACCAUCUGAAGUAUUAUUAUUUACUGAUAGUGGAUCUUCUAUUUCCUCAUUUUUUGAUCUAUAAUAAUCAACAUAUUAUAGUUCUUCUAGUGCAUCUAAUUGUUUUAUAGAAGUUGACUUUGGUAAGAGUAGAGUAUUAAAACUACAUUAAUUAAGAUAUCUUCCAAGAAUAGACAUCUAGGCAAUCAUAUUAAAAGGUUCUGUAUUCCAAUAUACAACAGAUGGUAUACUUUGGUAAACUAUAUUAACAGUGGAUUAAACUGUUCAUACAGGUUGGAAUAUUUAUGUUCCUCCUGUUGAUAUUUCAGAUAUUAAAGCAAUCAGAUUAUUUGACUCAUAAGGUGUAACUGGAUCAUCUUGUUAAUUAGCAGAAAUAGAAUUGAAAGGUUGGGUUUUAUCAAAUAGUAAUAAUGAUUACAUAAUUCCAACACUAUGUGAUGCUGAUAUUAUAAUAAAUGGAUAUGAAAUAGAUACAAUAUCUGGAUAAGCCAUCUAUUCUUCAAGUAGUGUUCCAAUUGUAAAUACUGUUGAUCCUUAAUCUGGAAGAUUUAGUGAAGAAGCAGUCAUAACAAUAUCUGGUACAGGAUUUAUAAAUGGUUAAACUACAGUUUCUAUUGAUGGAGUUAGUUGUAAUAUUUAAAGUGUUUCUGAGACUUAAAUUAUAUGCUAAACUGGUAUCAAAGAUUUAGAUUAAACUUAAUUAAAUGGUAUAUUUUAAGUUAGAGUUAAUGGAAACUUGGCUGUCAAUAAUUAAUAAUUUAUAUAUGCUACAAAAUGGUCUGAUAUUAAUACUUGGGGAGGAUAUGAAUAUCCUGGAGAUGGAGAUUCAGUUAUUGUUAAUGCAGGAUAAACAUUAAUUGUAGAUGUUUAAACACCUAAAUUAAUGUAAGUUUUAGUAGAAGGCACAUUGACAUUCUCUGAUGAUUUAGAUACAUCAAUGGAUGCACAUUACAUUAUUAUAAGAGAAGGAAAAUUCAAUAUAGGUACUGAUUCAAUAGCACAUUAACAUAAAGUAUAAAUUACUUUACAUGGUAAUGAAGAAGAUGUAUAAAUGCCAGAAAUGGGUAAUAAAGUGUUAGGAUGUCACUAAUGUCAAUUAACUAUUCACGGAAAAGAGAGAAUACCAACAUGGACAUUAUUAUCUACUACAGUUUAAGCUGGAGCUACUCAAAUUAAAGUAGAUGAUUAAGUAGAUUGGUAAAUUGGAGAAUAAAUUAUAAUAACUUCUAGUGAAGUUUAACAUUUAUAAAGUGAAAAAAGAUAUAUUACUGCAAUUAGUGAAGAUAAAAAGACUUUACAUCUAGAUUCACCACUUUAAUAUAAACAUUAUUCUGAAGUAGAAACAUUUGGGGAUGAAUAAUUUCCUAUGAAAGUUGAAGUUGCAUUAUUAACUAGGAAUAUUGUUAUUCAAGGUGAAUAAUCACCAUUAAAGCAUGGAUAUCAUUUAAUGAUUCAUGGAAGAGCUGAAAAAGGAACUGUUGGUAAAAUAUCCUAUGCAGAAUUCAAAUAUGGUGGAUAACCAAGAAUUAUUGGAAGAUAUCCUAUUCAUUUUCAUUUAAAUGGUGAAGUAGAUGACUCUUAUGUUUUUGGUAACUCUAUUCAUGAUUGUUAUGCUCGUUGUUUGACUAUUCAUGGUGUACAUUAUUUAAAAGUUUAAAAAAAUGUAUGUUAUAAUACAUUUGGACAUGCAAUAUUUUUAGAAGAUGGUAUUGAAACUAAUAACAUUAUUGAAGAUAAUUUAGUUACAAAUACAAAAUAGAGUUGGAUCAUGUUAUAAACAGAUAUAUCUGUAUCUACUUAUUGGAUUACAAAUCCUUAAAAUAUAUUAAGAAGAAAUAGAUCAGGUGGAUCUGAAUGGUACGGAUUUUGGUAUGAAAUCAAAACUAAUCCAGAUGGACCAUCAGCUACUUCAGAUAUAUGUCCACCAGGUCUAAAUAUACUUGAAUUUAAAGAUAAUUGGUCACACUCAAAUGGAAAGUUUGGUCUACGUAUAUUCUAAAUGGCUCCAAGACAAUUUCCUUGUAGAGAUAUUGCUAAUUGGGCUAAUAGUUAACCAUAUAUUGAUAAUCCAAGUCUUUAAGCAGUAUUUGAAACAUUCAGAACAUGGAAGAAUGAUGAAUGUGGUAUAUUAGCAGAAGAAUUGGGUAAUAUCUAUUUCAAAGAUAUAAUGAUAGCAGAUUCUAGAUUUGCUGGUUUUUAAUCUCAUAAAACUAAUUAUUCAUAUGAAGGAGCUGUAUUAGAUAAUGCAUUGAUUAUUGGAAAAUCAAAUAAUAAUGCAUAACCAGAUGCUUAUUAUAAAGGAUCAAGAGCGAUUGUUGUACCAAGAACAAAUGGAUUCUUAGCUAAAAAUAUUAGAAUGUAUAAUUUUGGAAGUUAUUCUGCUUUGAUUGAAUCAUGUUCUACAUGUUGGCAUGAUUUAAUGUGGGUUUAAGGUGGUAAGAAUACUCAUUUCAUCAAUAUUAAAGCAUAUAAUUCUGAUUCAGCUAAUAGAAUCUAUUGGUAGAAACAUAGAAGAGAAAUAUUCUGGGAUUUAGAUGGUUCAUUCACCAAUGUAGAUGGAGGUGCAUAUAUAAUUCCAUAUAAGAAACAUAUUGAUGGUAUUCCUGGAUGUGUGAUUCAUUUAGAAGAUUACUGGGACAAUUCAAUCAUUUGUGCUAUGAAUUAAGUUACAAUUAGAGAUGUAUUAGUUAAUAAUCCAAUGCCAGAAUAUGAUUUUCAAGGAGUUGAUAUGAAACUUUAUAGAUUAGAUAGCACUAAUUUAGCAGUUAAAAUGGAUCCUUUGAUUAAUGAAAACAAAUAUAUUGAAGCUGAAACUAUGAAACCAAUGAAGAAUCUUGAUGGAGCUUCAUCAUUUGUAAGUGUAUUUGCUACUGGAUUUAUAUAUAAUGUUCAUUUUAAAUUUGGAGCCAGCGAUCCAUUAAGUAUGGGAAUAUUUGCAUCACCAUAUUUCACAGAAACGGAUAAGGCAGUUAUACUUAGAUUUAACUAUUCUUCUAAUAGAGAAACAUUUGAUAUAAUGAGACAUAUUGAUAAGACAUUCCCAAUUACUUACACUCAAUUGUAAUCUAUUCCAGAUACAAAUUUGUGUAAUUAAGGUGAUUGGUUUAAUGAUAGAUCUAAUAAAUUGUUUUUCCUUUGUUUAUCGGGUAAAAAUAAGAAAAAAUAUGAAUAUGUUGAAGUUAGAGGAGUUAUUUGUAGAAAAGAAUGUGAUAGCUUAGGAGAUGUGCCAUAAGAGAGCGAAUAUAGGUAUUGGAGUAAUCCAGCUACUUGGAUUGAUAAUAAAGUUCCAGUUGAUGGAGAUAGUCCAAUAAUAUAAGCUGGAUAUUAAGUUAUGUUGGAUGUUGAUACACCAAAAUUAAUAAAUCUGACUAUUUUGGGAACAUUGAUGUUUGAUGAUAAAAGACUAUCAACUAAAUUAGAGGCAGAAAGAAUUUGGGUUAGAUCUGGUAAAUUGUUGGCCGGUAAUGCUACAUAUCCAUUCCCUGGAAAAAUAAAUAUCAUUUUGAAUGGAGAGUUUGGAGAUAGUCCAUUAGUCAUUGAUUCUAAUUUGGAUGUUGGCAAUAAAGUAUUGGCGGUCACAAAAGCAAUGGAAUUAUAUUCGACUCCACCAGGAACAGUAUGGACUAGAUUGACAGUAUAUGCUAAUGCUGGAACAACAAUAAUUACAGUUUAAUAAUGUAUUGAUUGGAUAAUUGGUGAUGAAAUUGUAUUUGGUCCAUCAGGAACAGAUCCAGAUUAAAGAGAAAAAAGAAUAAUAUCAGCUAUUUCAGGAUGUGUUAUUACUUUAGAUAAAGCAUUAGAAUUUGAUCAUUAUGGAUCACCAUCAGUUACAGUAGAUAAACCAGGUAUUGGUUAAUUAGAUAUGAGAUCACUUGUUGGUCAUCUUACUAGAAAAAUAAAGAUUGAAGGUGGUCCAAGUAUACAUGGUUUGGGAUGUAGAGUCUUAAUUUAUUAAUUUGAAGAACCUGAAGCUAAUCUUGGAUUUCCAAGAAGAGGAUAUACUAUAUUACAUGGAGUUGAAUUUAAUAAUUGUGGUUAAUAUGAUACAUCAAGAAGUGGAUUAGAUUUUAGAAAUUUGAAUAGCGAAAUUAUUAAAACUCCAAGUGAAGUUAUUGGAUGUUCAUUUCAUGAUACUACAGGUAUGUUAAUGACAAUUCAAAGUUCUUAAUAUAUAAUUGUUAAAAAUAAUAUAUUUUUUACUGGUAUUAAGGCUUUAGUUUAAAUUAAUGACAGUUAAUUUGUCAAAUUUUAAAAUAAUGCUUUGAUAUAUGUGAAAAAAAGAGUCAUCUAAUAGGAAAGUAAGUUUAAUUGGGCUGUAUUAGGUAACUUUAUAUAUAUGGAUGGAACUUAAAUGAUAAGAGAUAUUGUUGACAUUUCUGGUAAUGUUGGACAAGGAUCAUAAGAUACAGGUUUUUUUGUUAUGGGUACUAAAUGUGAAGACGCAUAGAAAUCUUCACUAUACAAUAAUCAUUGCUCAUCAUCAAUAUUGGCAUGCUUUGCAAUUAGAUAGGCUUCUAAAAAUUGUACUUACUCAUAAGGAUUAAUUGCUUAUCAUAGUGAAGUAGGUAUCAUGUAUGCAGUAUAAAGUGAAAAUGUUUAACUAGAUAACUCAAUAGUGGCUGAAAAUAAGAGAGGCAUGGCAUUAUAAUUAGGAUCAUGGAAUUUUUAUGAAAAUAACAUAAAGCUUACUAAUAUCUUCAUCUCUGCCCUUGCUAGACCUGAUUGUAUCAAAUGUUAUCAAGCAUCUUAAAACCCUAAUUGUAAUAGCAUCAUAGGUGUUUAGAUGGGAAGUGUAACUCUAACAGCAUUCCCUCCUAUCGAUACAGGACCAUCAUCAGAAUAUGAUAUUAUUUGUAAACCAUAGAAAAUUGAUCUCAAAGUCUACAUGAAUAAUAUAGAGUUCAAUAAUUUUAGACUUUCUUAUGAAAAUAUACCUCAAUGUGGUUUAAAUGCGGCCUUUAGGUAACAUCCUGGAGCACAUGAUAUGUUAGGUCAGCAUUACUUAGCAAAUUCAUAAUGUACUAAUUGUGAAUUUAAUGCUCUUUUGUAUAAAACAUUAAAUCCAAAUAUUCACACACUUGGAUGGUUUGGAGGAUGUGGUACAUUUGAAUGUCCUGGAUUGAUCAAUUUUUUAAUAGAAGAUUAAACUGGACAUUUCUUUGGAAAAGUUAGCCAAGCUAUUGGAAACAAUACAUACAUAGGUCCAAAUGUUACUUAUUGUACAAGAUAGGAAGCAUGGAAUGGAUAUUGGUGUCUUGGUCGUUAAAUAACUACUGUGGGAUUCAUGAGUGUAGCCCCAGAUUAUAAUAAAAGAUUAUAUUCACCCAUUAAAUUAGAUGAUGGAAAGUUCUUUAAUGAAAUUAACAGUUAAAUGGAAUGGCAUUGGUCAGGAGCAGAACCUAAAAAUUUAAGAGAAUCAAAAUUUGUUGCUUUGAUACCCUCAAAUACUAUUGUAAAUAUGAGUAAUGCUGGAAUGAAUCCAACUGCAUCAGAAUAUCAGUUAUCUAAAAGAUAUGAAUCAGGUAGUCCAGAAGAUUUUGUAAUUUUGAAAUGGCAAUUUUAAGUACCUUAAGUUAUUUAAGUCUCAGUUGGUAGAAAAGUUAUUUUGCCUGGAAUGACUACUAAAUCUUAACACCAUAAUCUAAUGGAUAUGACAGAUUAAUGUGGAGCAAAUAAUUAUUUUUAUUAAAAUAAUACAAUUCAUUUUGUAAUCAAUGGUUAAAUAGGAUGUAAAGUUAAAAUUACUUUAAAAAACACACUUUAGAUAUCAACAAGGCUUGAAGUCACAUCUGAACAAUUCUUUGGAGAUAAAUUUUUACAAUAUGCUAUCGCAUAACUAGGAGGGGAUCCCUUUAAUUAUUUUAUUAUUGGUAUAAAAAAAUCUUCUAGAAGAUUUUUGGAUGAAACAAUAAGCCACUAAGUAACUGUAGAUUGGACAAUAGUAGACAAUGUUGAAAUCGGAUCCUCUGAUUCUAACUAUUCAUACCAAUAUUUAGAAGACUUUGCAACUAAAUUAGAAUUUUUUAACCCUCCUCCUUAUAUUGGUACAGUUUUAGAAUAAUCAACUACCAUCAACAUUUUGAGAAAUUUAACAUUCCCAUCUACUGAACCUACAUCAUGUAUUUUUAUCUAGUUUUAUUAUUUAGAAACCUUAUAAACACCAGAAGCUACAAAUACAAAUCCUGGAAAUACUGAUUUCAAUAAAAAUAAUGAAAAUAAUUAAGGAUCAAUUAAUGAUAAUUAGCAUAAUGAUACGGAAAUUGCAUUAACUUAAGAUGAACCAAUUUAUUAAUAAUAAAAUAAUGAGAACACUUAUAAUAACACAACAGGAACCAUUCAAAAAUCCAUUAAAUAAACUGAAACUUCAUCAAACACAGUUGAAAUUGUAGUCUCAGUAAUUUGUUCUGUAGUUGGAGUCUCUAUAAUUAUUGCUGCUUUGAUAUAUUACAAGAAGAUUAAAUUAGCUAAAUUAAUUGCAAAUAGAAAUUAAAAAGUGGAUAAUGAAUUUUUCAAAGUUAACCUCACAGAGUAAAACCAUCAGUAACAAAUGGAUUGA